AUGCAGCAGCUGAAUCACCUACACAAACUAGGGAUCCAGCAGCAACUGCAGCAGCAACAGCAGCACCUGCUGCAGCAACAUCAUCACCUGCAGCUGCAGCAGCAGCAGAACCAUUCUCACCAGCAGCAGCUGGGGGAUCCAUCUCCGUGGCACCAACACAACAACCACCAGCAGCAACAACAGCAGCAGGUGCAGCAGCAGCAGCAGCAGCAGCAGCAGCAGGAUCAGAAGGCAAUUCACCUGCAGCAGCAGAUGCAGCACAAACUCCUGGUGGACCAGGAGGGAGCCAACAGGAUCAGCAGCAACAGGAACAGCAACAGCAACAGGAUCAGCAGCAGCAGCAACAGCAGCAGGAACAGCAACAGCAGCAGCAGGAAGCACCCCAAACAACCGAUCUGCUUCUCUCCAUUCGAUACUCUAGAGACGAUAUUGUUUCCUUGUAUACAUGUAUAA